UUUUUUUUUUUUUAAGUUCUAUAAUUUUUUUUUAGAACUUUUUUUUACAAGAUGGCCUCAGCAACUCUCUUCCAGUCAUCCCCAGCCAUUCUUGACAAGUCUGAAUGGGUCAAGGGUCAGACUCUACGACAGCCAUCGGUCUCCGUGGUUCGGUUCAGCCCUGGUGCACCCUCUGCACUAAUUCGUGCCUCAUAUGCCGAUGAGCUUAUUAAAACCGCGAAAACCGUAGCAUCACCAGGACGAGGAAUCCUAGCUAUGGAUGAGUCCAAUGCUACCUGUGGAAAGCGGUUAGCUUCUAUUGGUCUUGAGAACACUGAGGCCAACCGCCAAGCUUACCGUACCUUACUCGUUACACCUCCUGGUCUUGGCAACUACAUUUCCGGUGCUAUCCUCUUCGAGGAAACGUUAUACCAAUCAACCGUUGAUGGCAAGAAGAUUGUCGAUAUCUUGGUUGAACAAGGCAUUGUCCCUGGUAUCAAGGUUGACAAGGGUCUAGUUCCAUUGGCUGGCUCGAAUGACGAAUCAUGGUGCCAAGGUCUUGAUGGUCUUGCCUCACGCUCUGCAGCGUACUACCAACAAGGUGCUCGUUUUGCUAAAUGGCGUACAGUUGUGAGUAUUCCAAAUGGGCCAUCAGCACUUGCAGUCAAGGAAGCCGCAUGGGGUCUGGCUCGUUACGCUGCCAUUUCUCAGGACAACGGGUUGGUGCCCAUUGUUGAGCCUGAGAUUUUGCUAGAUGGUGAACAUGGAAUUGACACAACUUUUGAAGUUGCAAAGAAGGUUUGGGCUGAGGUCUUUUUUUACCUUGCUGAAAACAAUGUGUUGUUCGAAGGUAUCCUUUUGAAACCAAGCAUGGUUACCCCUGGUGCCGAUUGCAAGGAAAGAGCCACACCCCAACAAGUCUCUGAUUACACUCUCAAGCUCCUGAAACAAAGAAUCCCACCUGCAGUUCCCGGAAUCAUGUUUUUAUCUGGAGGGCAAUCUGAGGUGGAAGCUACACUCAACUUGAAUGCGAUGAACCAAAGCCCGAACCCAUGGCACGUGUCCUUCUCAUAUGCGCGUGCACUUCAAAAUACUUGCCUGAAGACAUGGGGAGGAAGACCUGAGAACGUGAAGGCUGCUCAGGAUGCUCUGCUCCUCCGGGCUAGUGCCAAUUCCCUGGCCCAGCUCGGGAAAUACACCGGUGAGGGUGAAUCUGAAGAGGCCAAGAAAGGAAUGUUCGUUAAGGGCUACGUCUACUAAAUGGAUUCAAACUCACACAAAAUGAUUAUUAUGCAAAACUGAUAGAUGUGUAUUAUCUAAAGAAAACCGAGAGUGCUCUUUUGUUCAUAGCAUGUACUGCUAGCAACUGCAUAAGUGUUUUGAUGUGAAAUGAUGUAUAAGGAAAUGAUGUAUAAGGAGCUGUUUGUUUGGCUCUAAAUUGGCUAAUUCAGUCAGCGUCUAAGUUAAA